CCGAGACGGACGCAUGCGCCGACACGAACUUACGACAAACAACCGCCGCGCGCGCAACUAACAGUGCACCUAAAGCACUAACCAAAAAUUUCAGUGCUGUGAAGUGAGUGAGAAGAGACCAAAAACAGUGCAGUGAAAAAACAGUUUCGAGAUUUUCGAGAACCAGUGUCGAGAUUGUGAGAUUUUUUCUCGUUAUUUGACACACAUAUGACGUGAAUAACGGUGUACGAUCCGACGGUCGAUCGACUCGCUAAAAUCGAAAAAAGUGUUAGUGUUUUACAACAGUGUGCCAGAAUUUUAACGGACUUGCCUAAGCACAGGUAGUGGAGACGCGGUAAAGAAGAGCUUCGCUAGUAUUUAAGAGCGAUGUCUCGGUGGAAGGGCAUAUUGAGGUAGCCGGCAGAUGGCAGCAGCGAGCACGGCAAUGUACCGGCCCGGGGCUCUCGACCCCUCCUGCUAUGCCACACAAAGGAUAUACGACACACCGGAGAGUACGCGGUCGAAGAAAUGGUCAUCGAAACUGAAGCUGAACACGUCAGGGAGCACCAAGUCGUCUGACAAGUCUCCUGAAAGCCCGUACAUGUACGGAACUAUUAGCGCACCGGGAGGGUCAGCCUUAUCUAAAUCAAUGAAGUAUGCAGAGACUUGGCUUUACGGGUCCGUCAGGACCCAAACCCCACCUAUUAGACCCAGCGUCUUCUCGGCCUACCCAGAAGUUACAGGUCCCGUCCUAAUAAGCACUCCUCAAAAACCAACGCCACACAAUUAUGCUGUCAUACUAUGUUCCUGUCCUGAGUACCUCAAUGGUACGAAGAAAACCAGCUCUACCAAAGUCAGUAUAUGUAAGAAAUGUAAAGGAUCUCGAUUGCCGUUGACUAUUGCAGAAAGUCCACGACUAUUGGUAGGAGGCACAGUUAGAGGACCGCAAGUUAGUCGGGAAUCUGGUAUGCUAAAAGGCGGAACAGUUAGAGUUCAAGGAUCUAAGUCGAGACCUACAAUACUGAAAAAUAAUGGUGAAGCUGACCCAUAUGACUUGAUGCGACGUAGCAGAUUGGCACCGCCCCAUGAAGCUCGUAUCGGAAGUCAAUUUUCAACUUCGCGGUCAAGAGCUAAAAGCAUUAGCCCUUGCCGAAUAAAAAAUAAAAAACCAAGUCCAGAAACUCUUCGUAAAAGCAGAAGCAAAUCUGUAACUCGUGUAAACGAAAUAUGGGUAGAAGAAGAUGAGUCUCUUCAAGAAUCCAAAAAGUCAAUUCUAUCUUGUGACAUAAAUCCGUAUGAUUUAGUUAAGUCAGGUGGAAGUUCAAAAUCCUUAUUAGAAAUUGAGUUUGAUGACAACUUUGGUGAUGUUUUUCAUGAUUCAUUAAAAAAUGGCAGUUUCAAACCUCUAAGCAAAUCAAAGUCUGACUCUAAUGUAAAAGCAAUAAGCGGACAAAGAAUUAAAAUUGCUGAAGAUACUAAAUGUGACGAUUUAGCAUAUGACCCUAUAAAUUUUGAUCUCAAGACACCUGAACACAAAACUUCAGAUAUUUCCUCUGCUUUGUCAUUGCCAAAUAUUAAAAAUGAAAGCAAGAAAUCAAUGUCACUAAGCAAAAAUACAAGUAAAAGGAUAUUAAAUAUACCCACCACAAAUCGUACUAAACAGAAAAGCGUUUCACCUAAACGGCCGCCAAGAAGAAUCAGAAGUGUUAAAACAGAUGAUGAUAGCGAAAGUGAUAAUCAACGUUUGCCAGAUAGAAGUUUCAAUAGAAAAACCUACAAUGAUACACUUCGUAAUCAGAAAUAUAAAAAUCAAAAUACUGAUACAAUAAAAUCUAUUUUAAAGAAACCAAAAAACUACGAACUGAAUGAUUCUAAUACCAAAACAGAAACUUCAGAUGAUUCCUUUGAUAGCAAACGUGUAAAUUCAUCGCAGUUUUAUCUUCCAAAACCUAAAGAUAAGGGAAACUAUUCUCAAAACAUGCUGCAAAGAAAACGCGUUCAAUUUUUGGUGGAGAAGGAAGAGACUAGGGUCAUUUGUACGGCAGAAUUCAACUUUGAACAAACUACUCUGAAUGAAACAAGAGAAAGUAAUGUUGACACGGAGGAAGAUAUUUCAGCAGAAGGUGAUGUUGUUAGUCACAGCUUAGAUUACCAAUCAAGCAACUGUGAAGAGUCACUUCAAAUUAGUAGCUUGGAAACAUAUCAAACUAACACUAUAGAAAUUUCAGAACUAAUAAAUCAAGAAGUUCGAAAUAGCCAUCACGAGAUUUAUGAAGAUGUACAAGUCAAUAAGUUUGAAACUGUCGUCGAAGAAAAUCAAUAUGUUUUAGAAAAUGGCAGUACCGUAGCUGGAAACGAAAAUAACAACAGUGUUGAAGAUAAUGAAAUUCCCAAAAUACCAAUUUUGCGGCGCUCUGAGUCUGAAAGACUAGCAACAACUUUGUCGAUCUCACCACCAAAGUUUUUGGAUACAAUGGCUUUGCGACCAAAAUCAAAACAUGGACAUUCAAGCCAAAUAUUUGUAACAUUGGUCAAUGAUACGGAAACUAUUUACCAAAACAAUUCCCAGCAACCUGUGAAAGAAAAAGUAUUAGAAGAAAUACCACAGGCAGGAAUGGAUCAUCAAGAAAUUGAAUCUGGGAAUUUAAGCGACAGCAGUGAUAUAACAAAGCAGGUACUUACUAACUUACGUCGAGGUUUAUCAGAGUCACCGGAACCUCCACCCAGACUGAAAUCUAAAGAUCGUUUACGAGUCAAGAAACAUAACAACUAUAUGAAAACUCGUUUUAUUAGAAAUAAUUCCACAAGUUCCACUAGUGAUGAGUGGUCAGACGCUAAUGAUUAUGAACAGAAAACUAUAUUACGAGUGAAACAAUUCGAUUCAGAAGAUAACGAUCACCCGAAAGAGGCUUCAAGUGCCAUGAAAUUUAUUGAAAAUGAACCAAGAAAAACAUCUAUUCAGAUAAAUGGUAACGAAUGUUAUUCUACUAUGAACGUAAGUAACGAUACACCAAUUUAUCUAUCAUCGGUUGUCGUAAACGAUGAUUAUGGUAACACUUGCAACACUUAUCAAACUGGAACAACUGUUACAAUUAGUGUUGGAACUCCCGAAAAAGAACUCAAAAAGUCAAAAAGUCAAAUUUAUAUCGGUGCAGUACUGUCAGACCAAAAGGAAAAUAAACCAGAAGCUAAUGCUUACGAGGAAUAUUGCGCAGACGCCAACAGAAAAGCUUUAAAUGGCGAUAGAAGUUCUAACGAUUUAUCUUCUAUACUGGCUGAUCCUGUAGAAGCUGUAAAACGAAACUUAAUUCCGCAUGUUUGUGGUAAAAAAGAUGACGUAUUGCCAAAUGGGGAAAAUCAACAAGAAAAUGGAGACUUUGUCACGAAGCUUUUUGAUGAUCCCUUCUUUGGUCAUCUAGCGGAGGGCUUAGAUUCAGAUCUAGUGAAAAAACUAAUAGAAAACUCUUUAAUAAAACUCCAGGAAUCAAAACAUCAAGAGGGAACAGAAAGCAGCAAAAUGACCAUAGAAAAACUAAUAGAGAGCUCCCUUAAGAACAUGAAGGAGGAAGUGACCAAAAAUGAACAAGGAAAAGAAGAAAAACCAAAGAUACAGGAAAAAACUAUAGACAGCGAAUCGAAUAAAGAUAAAAUAAUCGAUUCCGUUUGUCCUGAAAAUGAAGACAACGGCUGCUCUGCUCCCUAUGAAAGUAUGGAGUAUGAGAGCGGUGCUAUGGGAGUUUUCUCAGAUCUCGAACCAAUGUCGGACUGUUACAAUGCGUCGGCAAGUGAACUAUCCACAGAAGACGAUACAAACUCGACAAGAUCAAAGUUCUAUCAAAUGUUGGUAGACGCCGCCUUAUGUGAUAUUGAAAUUGCAAACAAUACUGAUGACGACCAUCAUUACGAAUCCAUUCGUUUGAAUAGUGAUCCGAUUUACGAAGAAAUUGGAGAUAUGCCGCCGCCUUUACCAGUUAAUCCUCCACCAAACUCAUUAAUGCUGUUAGACGACGAGAAACGUCAUGGUUCUCGUUCCAUAUUUGAAGGUGCAUCGAAAUACGACAUUCUGUCGUACUUAGUUGAUGCAAAAGAACGAGGCAUUGAUGACGAGGAAACUUACAUUACUAGUUAUGUGACUGAAAAUGGCACCACUUUAAUAGAGGAUAGAAAAGAAAAGCAUAUUAAUAACGAAAUUAUUAAUACACAUCUAAGUAGUAACACCAGUCAGUUGUCUCACGCGUCUGACUCAAGUGAAGACAACUCAUUAAUUAUUAAUCACGAGAGUUUGGAAAAGACCGUUGUCUGUAAAAAGACAUCAGCUGAAAUAGAGAGGAACGACUCUGGUGUCGGGUCUGAAACGAGUAAAUCGUCAAGAAGCAGACUUCAGGGGAAAACUUCGCCAUGUAAUACAAUCAGCGAUAAAGACACUCCUAUUCAUCUUUGCGAAGAUUGUGAUACUGCUGUGGAAACACAAGUUACUGAACAAGGAUCAAUAUAUGCUCCACUGGUGUGUCGUAAAUGUGCCAAGAAGAGAGCCGAAAGAAAGGAAAUAAUAACUGAAAUCGUUGAAACAGAAGAGAAGUACGGACGAGAUUUGCAAAUAAUCUUGGAAGAAUUCUACAAACCUAUGCUAGUAGCUGGACUUCUAACACAGGAACAACUGAGUGCUAUAUUCUUGAACGUAGAAGAACUAAUUGAAAACAAUCAAGUUUUAUCAGAAAAACUAAGAGAUGGUCUUGAAAUUGCCGUCGAUCAAGGAGAUGAGGAUUUGCUUACAGUGAACGUUGGCAAAAUUUUGUUGGAAUGUUCGGGUAUGUUAGCGGCAUUCCAGUCGUACUGCGUGAAACAAGCGGGUGCUGCACUUUUAUUGGCCGGUCUUGAGAAGGAGAAGGAACUUCUGAGGAUAUUCUUGCGCGUCUCGCAGAUGGAAAACGCGGUCCUGAGACGGAUGAACCUUAAUUCAUUUCUCAUGGUGCCAGUCCAACGCGUGACAAAAUAUCCGCUCCUUCUCUCUCGGUUGCAUCGAGCGACUGCAGCUUGCGCGACUGAACGCGAAGAUGUGAAGGCGGCUCAGCGUUGCGUCGAGACCAAACUUGAAGAAAUCAACACUGCAGCAGCCGCGGCGGCGGCUGCGGCAAGAGAUGUGCCGCUGUGGCGCCGUCUAGCGGCUGCUAGAAGAACUGCUCACGAUCUUCACGUAGCGGAUAUCAGAUUGAGGAAGAUGGCCGUCGAUGUUUUGGACUGGAAUCAUGACGAUGCUAGGUUCGCGAUGGAAGGCAAGCUGCUGUUCACUCAGCCCAAUGAUAACAACUGGCGUAAGGGCCGCACUAUCAAACUGACGCCGAUCAACGCUCUUUUGGUAACUAAUGGAAAGCCAACGACGACUCACAAGCCGAAUGAGAUCCGUGAGAUUCGGGAAGCAAGAGAUAGAGAGGCGAGAGAGAAGGAGGGAGAAGCUCUGUUCGCGAGGAGUGGAGUAAGAGAAGCUGCUCUACUCCUUGUGAGAGAGAAGGCUGGACGAUACACACUGCAGAGGGAGCCACUGUUCCUAGACCGGUGUGUGGUAGCAGCGGAUCACGAGCCCGAGCAUUUCUUCGAAGUCCACGAGAUUACUACUAAGGAUUCUUAUAUUUUUAAGGCCGAAGAGAACAGUCGCACGCGCACCUGGUAUCGGCAACUACAGUAUCACGCACAAGGCGCAGGCGCGUGGCGUAAACGAAGAAACGCACUCGCUAACAUCAUGAUUAACCCUAUGCUCACAAGAAAUUAACAUUAUUAAUUGCCAUUUGUAUUAUCUGUAGCAAGAACACUUCGAAAAAAUACGUCACGCAGUGUUUUUUUAAAAAAACAAGUUUUUUAUGCAUCGUCUGUUUUAUCAGAAUUCGAAUUUCGAAUGCAUUGUUCGUAAAUAAUGUUUUUAUUUCUUUUCAUAUCACGGAAAUAUUUGCGAGCGGAUCAUAAUUAUAUACGUCAAUAUUUUUCCUUUGUGACCUGCACUUGAAUCGUUUCAUGAUUAAAAAUAUUCGAGCUAAUAAUUCCAGCAUUUUUAAAGUGUAUUUAAAACUUCAAUAUUCAGUUUACAAAAUAUGGCAUUCGAGGAAUAUUAUUUUAUUUUCUGUAUAAUGUAAAUAUUUUUAUAUCAUUUUUGCCACUAGUGUUUAGUACUAGCUUUACACCAAAAUAUAGUUCAUUAACAUUUUGUGCCCUAUAUUUUAAAAGAUAUAUUUUGAAAAUACAAUUGUAGCUUAAAAAUAAAUAUUGUACAUAAAUUAACUUUAAUAGCUGUGAUAUCCCGUCCUUAAACUGAAAAAUAAUAAAAAAAAUAAACAACUAAAAACCGCUUCUAUUUUCAAAUGUAACAAUAAAUUAAAAGUAUUUUGUCUUUUCAGAAAUUUUAGAUAACAUUAAUAACUACUUCCUGACUAGUCUUAAGGGAAUAUUGUAAUAAAAAUAAAUAUUUAUAAGAAAAUAUACAUAAUUAUAUUGUAUUUAUUGUAUGUAAUACUUAGUUUUAAGUUUAAAUAUCGCUAAAAUGUAGAUGUUAAACAAAAGUGUUUUCGCCUUUCAAAUUAUUGUACUUAUUUGUUAUUCUAUUAUGUUCGUAGUGAAAGAAUUAAAUUAAUUAUUAAAA